AUGGAUGCUGUCCAAGAGAUGCCUGGGUUUGCUAAAUAUUUGAAGGAUCUCUUAACAAAAAAGAAUAAUCCAUUGAAACACGACACUGUUGGUAUCACUCAUCGUGUCAGUGCUAUUAUUUCCAAGACCACGGUGCAGAAAAGGGAAGAUCCUGGAGCAUUCACCAUUCCUUGCACUAUAGGGAAACAGGAUUUUUCCAAGGCGUUGUGUGAUAACGGGGCUAGCAUAAAUCUUAUGCCCUUUGAGAUUUUCAAGAGAUCAGGUUUGGGGAUUCCAUGGCCUACUACUAUGAGGUUGCAAAUGGCUGAAAGAUCGAUCAAAAGGCCAAUUGGGGUGGUUGAUGAUGUUCUUGUCCGAAUUGGGAAAUUCCUUCUUUCGGCAGAUUUUGUGAUUCUUGACUGGAGGGUUCUUAUGGAUUUAGAAAAGAAUGAAAUCAAGUUUCGUGUUAAUGAUGAGGAGGUGACUUUUCACGCCAACAAGAGUAUGAAAUUGCCCAGUCUUUAUCAAAAUAUUUCGGUUAUUAAUUCUUUUGACGUGGUGGAUGAAGCGGUGGGCUUCAAUAUGGAAGAAGAAUGCUUGGAUGAAGCAUUAUAG